CAUUCCUCCGCAGCUCUUUGUAUGAGCAAUACGACGUUGCUGAAAGAAGCUCAAAGGUUUCAUGCCGCCUUGCUUACAUCUGGCUUCCGAAAUCACGCCUACCGUUGCAACCUGCUGCUCCGCGCCUACGCUCGAUGCGGCGCCCUCUCCCACGCCCGUUCCCUCCUACUCCAAAUGCCCCUCCCCACCCUCGUCUCCUUCAACACCCUCCUCUCUGGCUUCGUCCGCUCCGGCCGCAUCGACGACGCCAUCGACCUAUUCGACGCCAUGCCGGCCACCGAUGCUCACUCUUACAACACCGUCAUCUGCGGUCUCGUCCGCAUCCACCGCGUCCGGGAAGCCUUCGCUCGUUUCCUCCGCAUGGCCCGCAGUCAUGUCAGGCCCGACGACUUCACCUGCUCGACGAUCGUCGCUUGCUGCGAUCUGUCUGGGGGGCGACAGCUCCAUGCGCUGAUGGUGAAGGUCGCGUCGCUGACUUCAGACCCUUUUGCUGGCACCAAUCUGCUGAGGAUGUACGGGGACGCGGGUGAGAUGUGUGACGCAAGGAAGGUGUUUGAUGAAAUGGGUCACCGGGACCUGACGUCGUGGAAUGUAUUGAUAGAUUGUUAUUUUAAAUCUGGGAUGGGCGAAUUAUGCAUCAAGAUAUUCGUGGAGAUGGUCAGGGAUCGAAUUCGACUGGAUGAGUUCACUUUAGCAACUGUUAUGAACGAACUUGCAAGCUGCUCGUCGGUGAGCAAAGGCAUGCAGGUGCAUUCAUUGGUCGUGAGAGCCGGGUUUAUUAUGGAUCGUUUCUGUUGCAAUGCUUUGUUGAAUUUGUACUCUAAGGGAGGAUUUGUUAGUUCGGCCAUGAAAUUGUUCGAUGAUAUGACUGAUCCAGAUGUGGUUUCUUGGACCAUCAUGAUUUCAGGUCUAGAGGUGGGUGGCCAUAUCAUUGAUGCUUUUGAGGUUUUCAAUUCGAUGCGGAUGGCUGAAGUGGAGCCUAACUCUUUCACUUUUGGUACUUUGAUUGGUUGCUGUGCAAAUGUUAAUGCAUUUGAUAUUGGAAAGCAAUUUCAUGCCCUUGUUCUUAAGAAUGGGUUGGAACUUGAUGUUGUUGUAGGGAGCACAAUUGUGAAUAUGUACUCAAAAUGUGGUGAGAUAACUGAUGCUCUGAGACUCUUCCAGAGCUUGCCUGAGAGGGAUAUCGUUUCCUGGAAUGGUGUUAUUUGUGGGCUUGCUCAGAACGGAGAAGCUACCACAGCCCUACAAUUAUUUGAUGAGAUGGUUCAAUUACGCCUGAAUGGCAUAAUGCCAAAUCAUGUCACUUUUGUCGGUGUCUUGACUGCAUGCUCCAGAGCAGGGCUCAUCCGCAAGGGUUGCAGCAUCUUCAAUGACAUGGUUGAUGUGUACUCAUGUGAGCCCCAAGCUGAGCAUUAUGCUUGUAUGGUCGACUUAUUUGCACGCUCAGGAUUACUGGAAGAAGCAGAGGUUAUUAUUCAAUCCUUGUCGACUGAGCCUAACAUUAUACUCUGGGGAGCACUACUUGGAGCAUGCAAAAGCCGUGGAAAUCUUGUCAUGGCAAAGCGCAUUGUAAAACGACUUUAUGUGUCUGAACCAAUGAACUCAUCCGAUUAUGUGCUUCUCGCGAAUCUGUAUGCUGCUAACAAAGAGUGGGAUGAUGUGUUCAAGGUUAGAAAUAAGAUCUCUACAAUUGGAGUUCAAAAAGUAGCUGGGAGUAGUUGGGUUGAAAUCAGGGGAAAAGUUUAUUCUUUUACAUCAGGUGAUGCACAUAAUGCAGAGACCUAAUCUCUGGUGUGCUGCAGAUACUGUCGUUGGUAAUGUUGGAGGGUGACGAAGUGGCUUAAUUAGCACUGAAUGGACUGUGGGUGAUGCAACUAUUCCCUUGAGGUGUCUCCCACCAUUCAAUGCAGUUAACAGUAGGGCUCAAUCCGCAUUUGUUAUGGUUGAUGUUGUUGGCAUUUGACAAGCUUAUUUUCCUUGCUUCAAGUCACUAACAUUUUCUGGUUAACAGAGCAUCAGAACAAGUAAUAGAUAGAUAAGUGUACUUCAGACUGAUAUGUUCAAGUCUGCUAUAGUUAUACCCUCAAUGUAGCAAUAUGACUUUGCUUGGUGCACCAAACUUCAAAUAACAUGGAUGGUCAGCAGGAGUUGGGAGUGUGGAAAUGGAUAUCGACUGAGGAUUGUCAUGAAAGGCAACAAGUGCAAUAAGGGUAUUGGAAACACAGUUACGGAUGAAGUGCUGAUGACUACUAGAGCAGCUCAGGAAAAGGUUUGCUGACAAACAGAUGCAUAGAGUCAGAACUGCUCUGAUGGCAGAUUUAUGUACUCUGAAUGACUUAUCGAGCAGAAAAAAGAAAAAUGCAUCUGCAAAGGUCGUAUCGAUAUUCUAAUUCAUUUGUUCUUCAUAGCUACGUACAUGGAGAUUUUCGUAUUGCAGUCUCUGGUAACCCUUCUGCCAAAACUAAUUCUACGUGGUGGUGUAAUACAAUAGGAAGAACAAAAAUGCAAGAUUUUAGCGUUAUGUUUUAGCCAUUACAUCUUAAACAACUCUUCACUAGUAAAUCAAUUGAAUAAUCAAAUAGCAGCUGGAGCUUAGACGAACCGAUCUGGUUCGAUUCAUGUACAAAAUUGGUUCAGGUCUAAAAAUCUGAGUCAAAGAACAUUUAUUGUCUUUUUUUAUGAUUCAUUUAGGGCAUUUUGAUCGAAACAAGAAAUGGGGGGGUGCAAUCUGGUAUAAGUCCAUCAUUAGAGAUUUUUUUUGAUAAGUUGCCUUAUUUAUACCCUUUUCAUCGUCAUAUCUCGUCCUUUCUGAUUCUAUGAAUCAAAUCUUUAGGUGCGUCUGAUCAGCAGGAUAUUGAAUCUUCAGAAGAUACGCAUCAUCCCAUCUCUUUGUAGAACACCUCCAUCGCUACUCUAUAAUCCUCGAGAGACAACAUCACCUCAGGAACAAGCGAACAUGGCCAACAAGGCUAUACUCACAGCAUGUCUGUUGCUGGUGCUCUUGGUGAUAGCCUUCGGUGUCCAAUGCGCCAUGGCUGCUCAAGUCCAAGAAGGCGCAUGCAUCGUUGCCAGCGACUGCAAAUGUGAUGAAAAUUGCUACACCAAUUGCCUUGGCGGUCAUUGUUACUGUAUCUGCUAGUAUCUAAUAAUAUCAACUUGUCUUCGUCUGCAACCAAUAAACUCUGCUCCUCCUUGUACUUCUUCUUCUUAUUGCACGUUUAAUGUCCUACGGACUUUCCUAAACGAAGGAGAUGGACCAUUUAAAUUGA